GAGCUGCCCUGGAACCUGGUGCUUUCACUUCUUCUCUUGCUCCGCAGCCCCCGGGCGCUCUCCUCGUGGACACCCCAGAUCAUGGCAGGCUUGGGGGACCCCAGCUGGGCGGCUGGGGAGAUCCGCACGGGGACGACCAUCAUGGCGGUGGAGUUUGACGGAGGGGUUGUGCUGGGGUCUGACUCCCGGGUGUCUGCGGGUCAGACUGUAACAAACAGGGUAUUUGAUAAACUAGCCCCUCUCCAUCACCGGAUAUACUGCGCCAUCGCUGGAUCACUGGCGGAUGCACAGGCUGUGGUAGAUAUGGUGAACUACCACCUGGAUCUGCACAGCUUGGAAAUGGAAGAGGAACCCUUGGUCCUGGCAGCAGCUAAUCUGGUGAAAGGCAUCAGCUACAAGUACAAGGAGGAGCUGUCAGUCAAUCUCAUGGUGGCAGGAUGGGACCGGAAGAAAGGGGGGCAGGUUUAUGGGACUCUAGGAGGGAUGAUCAACCGUCAGCCUUUUGCCGUUGGAGGAUCUGGGAGUAGUUAUAUUUUCGGCUAUGUGGAUGCUGCCUACAAGCCUGGGAUGUCCCAAGAAGAAUGCCAGCAAUUCACUAAAAAUGCUAUCGCCUUGGCCAUGGGCCGGGACAGCAUGAGUGGGGGCAUAAUAUACCUCGUUACCAUCACCAAAGCUGGUGUAGAAGAGAAAAGCUUUCUGGGAAAAGAUAUACCACAGUUUUAUGAUGAAUGAACUUUGUGUGCUCUCAACCCAUUCUCCUCAUACAAUAAAUCAUU